ACACCGCCUAGCCGACGGGGCCUUUCGACUUUCGCUUUCGCGCAGGAGCAGUAAUUUACCAAUCAUACAGCGACUGAUCCGAGUGAGCAGCAGUAAAACCAAAAAGCUCUCGCCAAGACGCCGCGAGCUUGGUUGACUCUCCUCCUGCUCUCCGGCGAUUUCUUCCUCUCUCUCUCUCUCUCGAUCUCUCGAUCUCGAAGCUGUGAGGACCUUUUUCUCCGAGGAAGUUUGAGCAAACCUCGAUCUCGCGAGGGGAAAAGCAAGCCGAAUCUUCCCUAUUCAUUAGCAUUGUCGGAGCAAAACCCUAAACUGGCCAUGGCGAGAUAUCGGUUGUCGGAUUUGAAUCGGACUUGCUAGAUACGAUGACGCGGGAGGUGAUUUUGACGACCACUGACUUAUGAUUCUUCCAAAUACGAGUCCGGAACCGGAACCUUAAUCGGAACCAGAACCCGAACCCUAGCUAUGGAGAGAUCCAGAUCCAAGAGGAGCUACUACUACGAAAAUGACUACGAUUCCGAAGCACUCGGCAGGGCCAAGCCCCGGCACAACCACCACCACUCCCCCGGCCCCGCCGCGGUGCACCGAAACCGCGGCGGCGGCGGGCACCGGCAGGACUCCUCCCUCAUGGUCACCACGAGCUACCGCAUCCUCUGCCACGAUGCCAAGGCCGGGGGCGUGAUCGGCAAGUCCGGGUCCAUCAUCAAGUCCAUAAGGCAGCACACGGGCGCGUGGAUCAACGUCCACGAGCUCGUCUCCGGCGACAGCGAGCGGAUCAUCGAGAUCUCCGACACGCGGAGGCGGGACCCCGACGGGCGAAUGCCGGCCUUCUCGCCCGCUCAGGAGGCUCUGUUGUUGAUUCACGAGAGGAUUAUGGAGAGUGACGCGUAUAAUGGCGGGGAGUACGAGGACGGAGGGGCCGGGAAUCGGGCGGUGACGAGGCUCGUUGUCUCGAGGAUGCAUGUGGGGAGCUUGUUGGGGAAACGAGGGAAGAUAAUUGAGCAGAUGAGGGUUGAGACCAAGACUCAGAUUAGGAUUUUGCCCCGAGAUCACACAUUGCCUCGAUGCGUUACCAUGGCUGAGGAGAUCGUUCAGGUUGUAGGCGAUGUGAAUGCUGUGAAACAUGCAAUAUCAGUUAUUUCACAUCGCUUGAGGGAGAGUCAACAUCGUGACCGCGAUAAUUUUCAUGGGAGAAUCCAUUCACCAGAGCGGUUCCCUUCUGAUGAUGAGUUCAUUCCUCACAUAAACAACUCAACACGCCGUUCAUCUGGCGACGGGACUUCAUAUGGUUCACGGCCCAGUCUGACCAAUGCAAGAAGCAAUAACUACUUCUCUCGUUCAUGUGGCUUACCACCAGAUUCCGAGGCUGCUCCCAGGACUGAUGAUAUGCAGCCACUGGAUGGGGAUGAACUUGUGUUUCGAAUCUUAUGUCCUAUUGGAAAAAUUGAUAAGGUUGCUGGAGAAUCUGCUGGAAUUAUAGAAUUACUCAGAGCUGAUGUUGGUGUGGAUGUUAGGAUUAGUGACCCCGUGGCUGGCUCAGAUGAACAUGUGAUUAUUAUUUCAUCUGAGGAGGGUCCUGAUGAUGAACUCUUUCCAGCCCAAGAAGCUUUGUUGCACAUCCAAACUCGGAUUGUUGAUCUUUUUCCUGAUAAAGACAACAUUAUAACCACAAGAUUACUUGUCCCAUCUACUGAUAUUGGGUGCUUAGAGGGAAAAGACGGACCUCUGUAUGAAAUAAAAAAAUCGACCGGUGCAAGUGUACAGAUUCUUCCAAAAGGAGAUCUUCCUGGCAGUGCUUUCACAGAUGAUGAGCUUGUUCAGAUUGUAGGGGAAAUAAAAUCAGCUAGGGAAGCCCUUGUUCAGGUGACAUCAAUAUUACGGAACCAUUUCUACAGGGAAAUUUCCGAAAAAGACUCACCUCCUCCUCCCGAAAUUGAGCCGAUUCCUUCCAAUAGUAUUACUAAUCGCGAAGCUCAAGGUGCACAUGAUCCUGUGACAACAACUCAGCUUGGAAUUCACAAUGUUGCGACAGCACAUCCAUCAAAGGACAAUGGGAGUUCUGGUCCUGAGACAGGAAGGCGUAAUGAAGGUGAGAGUCGUGAUGAUGCCCCUAGCUUGAGCAGGGUACCUGCUGUUACGCUUGUCACACGGAGUACCCUCGAAGUUAUCAUACCAGAGUCUGCAGUUCCAAAGCUGAUAGCAAAAUCCAAAAGCAAGCUGUCGCAGAUAAGUGAGUUGUCAGGGGCUAGUGUGAUCCUGCUAGAGGAUAAACCAGAAGCAACAACUCAGAAGGUUAUUCAGAUAUCGGGCACUCCGGAGCAGGCUGAGAGAGCCCAGAGUCUGCUGCAAGGGUUUAUUUUGAGCACUCAAGAAGAUGGUCCUUGAAAUUAUUCUGGAAAUGGCAAUUAGCAGUAAAACGUGUUGUAGCUGGCUGUCAAACGAGUUCCCCGAAGAGUUCGUCUGCCAAGCCGACUUGCCUUUGGUAUAUGCCGGCCGACAUAUAAAAGUGCUGGGGCGCUUUGUUCGUGGGCCAUGACCUAUUCUAAUGCUUCUUGAGGAGGAUGUGGUUUCCAUCUGUGGGAAUCACCCGCUUAUCCUUUUUGCUGCCAUUGUAAUUGCAAUGCUUUUAUCUUAUGUUCAAUUUUCCCUUCGGGAUGAGAAACGUCAGUGCCUUUCACGAA